AUGAAACUCGUAUACCCUCAUGAUGAUUCAGAUUUCAACUUCUCUAUAGGAUGGCUUGGGAAAUUUAAGAACCGACAUGGCAUAAAGUCAUUUCGUCGUUUUGGCGAGAGUGGGUCUGUUGAUGUACAAGACAUGGAGCAGAAAUUGGUAUCGAUUCGGGAGAAAAUUGAUCAGUUCCCUAUGAAAGAUGUUUUCAAUAUGGAUAAAACUGGGUUGUUUUAUAGGCUACAAGGUGAUCAUUCACUGACAAUAAAACAACUUGAAGGAAGAAAACAAGAUACGGAAAGGCUGACGGUAGUUAUUUGUUGCAAUGAAGAUGGCUCUGAAAAAAUCCCUCUAUGGAUUAUUGGAAAAUAUGCAAAGCCUCGUUGCUUCAAGAAUGUCAACAUGAAUAGCUUGGAUUAUCAGUAUCAAAUUAACAAAAAAGCAUGGAUGACUAGUAUGUUUUUUGAUAAAUAUGUUCGUUCAUUUGACCAAAUGAUGCAUGGUAGAAGAGUUCUACUUGUGGUGAAUAAUUGUCCAGCACAUCCAAGAAAUAUUGAAGGGCUAAGAAACGUUGAGUUGUUCUUCUUGCCACCCAACAUGACAUCAAAGAUUCAACCUUGCGAUGUUGGGAUAAUAAGAGCUUUCAAGAUGCAUUACCGUAGAAGGUUUUACUGUAAAAUAUUAGAAGGUUAUGAGGUGGGACAAUUUGAUCCAGGGAAGAUAAAUGUCCUUGAUGCUAUCGAUUUGCCAAUCCCAGCUUGGACGAUAGAUGUUCGAAAAGAAACAAUAGCGAAUUGCUUCUGA